AUCAGAAACACAGCCACAACCUUCUGCCCUUCCUCCUCCGCCACCUCCUCCUCCUUCUCUGUCCUUAGCUGCCGAGAGGCUGGUCCGGAUGCGUUUACCUAAAGCUCCAACACGCAUCGUCCUUUUUCGUUGUUAUUUGGGGCCAACUGAUACCACAUUGAGAGAAAAGGUUUUCUCCAGUCAUGCAGAAGGUGGAGGGACGGGUCACCCCAGUUAACCUGCCCUCCUCCAGGGGCGCUAGCACUCCAGGGUCCCCAGCCACAGGCAUAACAGCUCGUGUGGAUGACCGGGUGGUGGGCUACAGAGAUUUGGCAGCGUUGCCCAGAGACAAAGCCAUACUGCAGGUGGAGAGGCCUGACAUGAUGACUUACCAGCCUCACCUCAGCUUCUCGCCGCUGGACGCCCCACGCAGAGAACGAUCUCAGUCUCCUCCUUCUACAUCGCCUACAAGAUCCCAUGAGGUGAAAUUAGAAAGAGCCGAGAGUGACAGCGUCUCUCCUGGAGGAUCAUCGCUGCAACUACAGGCUGAACGCAAGAUCAGCCUACAACAUUUUCACAGACCAGAUAAUGGAGCAAACAUUUACAGAAAGCCUCCCAUCUAUAAACAAGAUCUAAGCAAGCAUACAGAGGGCAGUGGAGUUAUUCAGUCGGCCAAGUUCCCUGCAGCUCAGCGGCCAGAUCCCAAUGAACCUUCCAAGAUAGAAACAGAAUAUUGGCCCUGUCCCCCCUCAUUAGCUGCCAUGGAGAUUGAGUGGAGGAAGAAAAAACUACUGGAGGAAGAUGAGUUUGAGGACACAGAUGAAGUGAAGACUGUACAAGAGCAAGAGCUCGAAAAGAUUAAGUCCAAUCUUGGACGUCUCAUUUUGAAGGAAGAGAAGGAGAAAUCCAUUCAGUUUCGGAGGAAGACACAGUCACUGCCUGACAGAACCCACAUGCACGGCAGUUUGUCUACAAAUGCCUCAAAGUCUCCAUCUCGGACAGGCACAGGUCUGACCAGAAUGCAGUCUGCAGAGUUUUCCAAUGGAGACAAAGGACAACCAGCUGCUCAGAAUGGAGAUCGUAAGGAGAGGAUGGACAGAGGAACCUCACUGCCAAGUAUCUUGGAGCAGAAGAUAUAUCCCUAUGAAGCACUGAUUGUGACCCAUAGAGGGCGCUGUAAGCUACCUCCUGGUGUUGACCGCAUGCGACUAGAGCGGCACCUGGCUCCAGAGGAAUUUGAGCAGGUCUUUGGGAUGCCAAUGGUGGAGUUUGACCGCCUGUCGCUAUGGAAACGCAAUGAACUGAAGAAGAAAGUUUCCCUGUUCUGAAGAAGUGACCUGACUUUAUUAAUACUUGAUAAAAACAUGCAUAGAGUCGACAAACAGAGCCAGUAAUCAUAUUUCCAGGCCCAUAGUGUCCAUUGUGUAACUAACCAAUCAAGGCCUGGAGACUGGAUGAGACUGUGUGCACUGAAGCUGGCCCUACUAACCCUGAGUGAGGAUGCACGGAUCGAAUGCUCACCUCCUGCACUAAUACUUGCUAAUAGCUGUCCCACCUGCAGCCACUCACUCACAUAGUUUUGUUUUAUAGUUAAGGCGCACACUACAUUUUAAAUAUUGUGGAAAAGUCAACAUACAUUCUAAGUUUAAUUUGAUUACUGUACCAUAGAGAUCUGUCUAGAACACGCUCUGUGAAAUUAUUUCAAAAAUCUAGGCUACUCAUGUAAUUGUCAUCAUUAUUUGUGGGUUUCAGUUUCCUGUUAUAGGCAACAUUUUGAGGACAGAUUAUUGUUAAUUGCAGUGGCACCUGUAUGAAUUUUUACAUUUUGAAACCCAUGAAUUGAGUUUUCUGUUGUCAUCUGCUUUCUUUCUGUGCUGGAAUCAAGGGUGGCUGGACACUUUCCAGUUAUCAUGGACUUCUGGCAAAAUAAACUAUUGGCCAGUUAGUGGUGAGGCUGAAUGUAAAAAUGAAUGUAAACACUGCUUAAAAUGGAAUGAAUCUGAAUGGAUUUGGGGUUUUGAUUAACUACAUUAUAAGAAACAUAUACUAAAAUAUAACAUUAACUUUAACAUCCAUUAUUCAAAAUCAUUUUGGGUAUAGGCCUAGACAUGAAGUGUUUUAAUUUGAAUAGAACUAUUGACAUUUAUAGAAAAUUACAUUUCCAAAGUGUUCCACAAUCCACAAAUUUGACAACAUGCAGCUUCAGUUCCAAAGUGUCACAGCCUUAAUCACAUUUAAUCAGUGUAUCUAUCAUGUAAAUCUAUCUCUUAUUUAUAAUGUAUAAUCCUAUUUAUUUGACAGUCAUUUGUACUCUCAGUUGUCAGAGACACAGUCCAUAUCAAUUUAUGUUCCUACAGUAUAUAUUAUUUUUGUACAGCAUUUUAUGAGCAACACUGGCAUUUUAAUGUUUAUUUCUGUGUCAGAAUUGAAUAUUAGGAAUUAGGAAGUUAUUCACACGUUAUCUGUUGCCUUCCUUGGUAUUCUUUUAGUAUCACAUGCCAUUCAGUCCAAACUUUUGUUGUAUAAUGUAGAGAACUCAAAUAAACCACUGGAAGCAGUUCUAAUGUUUCA